AAUGAUCAGAGCCACUUUUAAAUUCGAAUCCUCAAUUUCAAUCACAAACCCGCACACAGACAUUGGAUGGCAGAGACUAUCUAUCUCGUCUGUCGGCGAGACCUUGCGGAAUUCUCGCCCGGAGCACACGUCGUCGUCCCGUAAAGUUAAGCAGAAGGACUAAGGCAAAUAGCCACUUCCCGUAGUUUGUUGGAGGCGAAGAGUUAAGUAGUUUGGGUUUAGUAAAUUACAGUUGCAUCCAAUUGGCAUACGUAUAGUUAUUUUAUUGCGUCUUCCCGCUUAUCCUCUUCCGUCUAAACUCGCUUGCCUCUGUAAUUUGAGAUUUUUGACCGUAAUGUGCAUAAUAAACUCCCAGUUUUUUUUCUGGGAUGCUUUGUGAGCUGAAAGUUUACGCGGUAGGUAAUUAAAAAGAAGAGAGCGAAGACGCGACUGCCACAUCGCAACGCGUGUGGGAUACGAACGGAUGGAAAUGCAUUCUCUCGUGUUUGCCUUCAAUAUAUUGGCUACCGUGGUGUGGUGUGCUCCGCCACGUUGCGAACCAGUAGACGAAAUUCUAGGAAGAUGCAAGUCCCGGGGGCCCUUUCAGGAACAACCGGAGUGCGCGGAGCUGGAGCUGGGCUACUGCGACGACAUGCCGUACGACUACACCGUCUUCCCCAACAUCCUGGAGCACCGGAGCCGGGAGGAGGCGGAGGCGGGGCCGGAGUACCUGCUGCUGAGCGUGGUGCACUCGCUGCUGAAGGGGGAGUGCUCGCCGGACAUCCGCAUGCUGGGCUGCUCGGUGCUGGCGCCGCGCUGCGAGGGCGGCGCCGUGCUGAAGCCCUGCCGCCGCUCCUGCGAGGAGGUGAGGAGGACCUGCGCCCACGCCUUCGAGGGCAUCGACAUGGCCUGGCCCUACUUCCUGGACUGCGACCGCUUCUUCGUCAGCGACGAGGAGGGCUGCUACGACCCGCUGGCCAUGCUCAGAGAAAGGCAAGAGGUUGCCCUGGCCAGAUUCUCCCCUGAGGAGCCCUCCACCAUCAUCCAGUUCACCUACCAAUCGAACGCGCAGAUGAUCAACGUGCUGAAGAAGACCGCGGCGAAGUGCUCCCACAUCUCCAGGACGUACAGCAUCGGCCGCAGCGUGGAGGGCAAGGACCUCCUGGUGAUCGAGUUCUCAGAUAACCCCGGCCAACACGACCUCUUGGAGCCGGAAGUGAAGCUGAUUGCCAACAUGCACGGGAACGAGGUGCUGGGCAGGCAGCUGCUGAUCUACCUGGCCCAGUACCUGUGCUCGGAGUACGAGCUGGGCAGCACGCGCAUCCAGACGCUCAUCAACAGCACGCGCGUCCACAUCCUCACCUCCUUGAACCCCGACGGCUACGAGCGCGCCGCGGCUGAGGUAGAGGAUAACCCUGAACCGGAAAACCAGGAAGGUCCCGUGUACAACGGGUGGACCAGUGGCCGCGCCAACGCCCAGAACCUCGACCUGAACCGGAACUUUCCGGACCUGACCUCCAUCGCUUACAGCCGACGCAGGAACAAGCGCUACCGCACCGACCACAUCCCCAUCCCAGACUCUUUCUGGUAUGGUAAGGUAGCCCCCGAAACGUACGCGGUGAUGAAGUGGAUAAGGUCCAUCCCCUUCGUCCAGUCGGCCAGCCUGCACGGAGGGGAACUCGUGGUCUCCUAUCCGUACGAUUUCUCCAAACAUCCGCUAGAAGAGAAGAUGUUCUCUCCUACUCCUGAUGAACAGGUAUUUAAGCAGCUGGCCCGGACCUACGCCGACGCGCACGCCACCAUGUCCGACAACAACACCAACCGCUGCGGCGGCUCCUUCGCCAAGAAAGGGGGCAUCGUCAACGGCGCCCUGUGGUACAGCUUCGCGGGAGGCAUGUCUGACUUCAACUACCUGCACACCAACUGCUUCGAGAUCACCGUGGAGCUGGGCUGCGACAAGUUCCCCGCCGAGGAGGAGCUGUACACCGAGUGGAAGAACAACAAGGAGGCCCUGCUCUCCUUCAUGGAGUCGGUACAUCGAGGGAUCAAGGGCGUGGUGAAGGACGAAGACGGCAACGGGAUCAAAGGAGCCAGGAUAUCUGUUAGAGGGAUCCGGCACGACGUCAGGACAGCCGAAGACGGGGACUACUGGAGGCUACUGAACUCGGGCGUGCACGUCCUCACCGCCUCCGCGCCGGGCUACUCCAGGGUGAUGAAGAAGGUGUUCCUCCCCGCGCGGAUGCAGAAGGCCGGCCGCGUGGACUUCGUGCUGCAGAAGGCCGUCCUGGAGCCAGACGAGCCCGACCUCCUGCCCGCGGACACCUACGACCGCUUCGACCCCUUCAACCAGCUGGAGCGCUACUCCCUGGGCGAGCAUGGGGGCGGCGGGGAGACCCGGCAGGAGAAGCCCUGGUGGUGGGGCUACUUCACCCAGUUCGGAGCAUCAGCCCCCACCUGGCUCCUGAGGAACUAACAGCACACCCCAAACCCCCCCCCCCCCCCC